ACGAACUUCAGCAUUCCAUGGAGAUACUUUAGGAUGAUCGAUUCCAACAAAGUUGUGUUGAAUACGACAAAUUUGAUGAGCCUGAAAUCUUUGUUGUGCCAUAAACCAAAGACCUGCUCUGAGGUUGCAUGGAUCUUCAUGAUUUCUCAACAUGUAUUUUGGUGACUCAAAAUGAUAUCAUCAUUCUUCCAAGAACUCUAGAGGGAGAAUGGUUUUGGACGUGUUAAGCAUGCAACGGUCACGUGUCAAAGAAGAGGGGAGUGUGUGUGUAAUAGAAACAACCUGAUGCUAUGCACGAUUGGCUCUGAUCCCUUUAACGCAAUCAUAACGCCAUUCUCAAAACUGAAAGUGCGUUCUAAUAGCUUUGCACUUAUAUCAAGUGACGGGUAAUAUAAAACAGCUACCAGCAAAUCAGGUAACGUUUUCUCAAGUGACGUGCUUUUUGGUGUGUCAUGCUUCAAAGUGAAAGUUCUCGUGUCCCAUUAUAAUGAGCUAAAGACAUUUCUCUAUAUAUAUGUGUGUAUAAUACAAUCUCCAAAGAAGUUUAAGGUGGUGCUGCUAUUUGAGUUGAGUGCACAGUGAUUUGUGACUGAAAAGGCCAAAACAUGAUCAUGAGGAAGCACAACCCACUUUGGUUUGUAGUACUGUUCAUGUUGUCCUCUUAGGCUCAUUUUGGUGAAGUGAACAUUAGAGUGCUGGGUUGGGUUGGUUGGUUGGUUGGUGUGGUUGCUUCUUUUUGUAGGUGCAUUAUUUGGUGUCUCUUUUUCAUGGCUGGUGGACAGAGACCACAGAGGCUCAACAAGUCAUGCAUUCUCCUCAUAGCCAUUGCAGGAAUGGAGAGGUUUGCAUUCAAGGGGGUAGCAUCCAAUUUGGUGACUUACCUAACUGAUGUUGUGAACUUGAGCAACUCAUCUGCAGCAAAGAUGGUUAACAGCUGGGUUGGAUUUACUUCCAUAAUGCCAUUGCUCGUGGCACCCAUUGCUGAUGCAUAUUGGCACAAAUAUUCUACCAUAAUGGUCUCAUCUUUCCUCUAUUUUGUGGGACUUGCAGCAUUGACAACAACGGCACUAGCAAGGUCAUGGCAUCACAGAAACAGAACAAUGUCUUCUUCAUUUCUCUCUCUGUCUCUCUAUUUAAUUUCAUUAGGACAAGGUGGAUACAACCCUUCUCUGCAAGCCUUUGGAGCAGAUCAACUUGGUGAGGAGGAAGAAUUGCCUUGUAGCAAAGAUGAUAAAUGUAACAAAAAAAAGACCCUAUUCUUCCAGUGGUGGUAUUUUGGUGUGUGUAGUGGAAGCCUUUUGGGUGUUACAGUCAUGUCCUACAUACAAGAUACCUUUGGAUGGGUACUAGGUUUUGCCAUCCCUGCUGUUUCAAUGAUUCUGUCUAUUUUGAUUUUCUCUGGUGGAAGCCCUAUAUAUUCAUAUAAACAAAAUGAUCUCUAUCAAGCUAAAAAGCCCCUCAUGAACAUAUUUCAAGCCAUAAAAGCUUCUGCAUUGAGAUGCUUCCAUUGUGAAAUUACCCUACCAAAUGACAAGUCUGAAGGGGCGGAGCUAGAGCUUCAAGAGAAACCCCUUUGUCCCGAAAACUUGGAAAGCCUCAAGGAGUUGAGCAACGAUCCCAAAAGUGGCAUGUAUCUGCUAGAAAAUGCCAAGGUUAUGCUGAGGCUCUUACCCAUAUGGACAAUGCUUCUCAUGUUUGCAGUGAUUUUCCAACAGCCUGCCACAUUCUUCACAAAACAAGGCAUGACAAUGAAGAGGAACAUUGGAGCAGACUUCAAGAUCCCACCAGCCACACUCCAAAGUGCUAUAACACUCUCUAUAAUACUACUGAUGCCACUCUAUGACAAAAUAUUCAUACCAAUUACUCAGGUGAUCACUCGCCAGGACAAGGGCAUAAGUGUGAUGCAAAGGAUGGGAAUUGGAAUGGUUCUCUCAAUCAUAGCAAUGGUCAUUGCAGCACUGGUUGAAAUGAGAAGGCUUGAGAUUGGAAGACAGAUGAGGAGUGAAGGGUCACAUGCAGAAACAGUGCCUCUAAGCAUUUUCUGGCUGCUACCACAGUACAUUCUUCUUGGCAUCUCAGACAUUUUCACUGUUGUUGGCAUGCAAGAGUUUUUUUAUGGUGAAGUUCCAAGGACCAUGAGGACAAUGGGAAUUGCAUUGUACACAAGUGUUUUUGGGGUUGGAAGCUUUGUUAGUGCACUUUUGAUUACACUGGUUGAAGUGUACACAGGUUCAAAGGGAAUACCAAGCUGGUUCUGUGAUGACAUGGUUGAAGCACGCUUGGACAGUUACUAUUGGCUUCUGGCAUGGUUAAGUGGAUUGAGCUUGCUGUUGUAUGUACUCUUGUGUAAAUAUUACCUUAGGAAGAGUGAUCCAGAUAGUGAAUACUGAGGUUGUUUUUUCUUCCUCUUUAGUUUUAAAGAGUUAUCUCCCCUUUCCUUUUGGGCUAGAGUUUGUUGAACUUCUUGACAUGAUAUUGAAUAACAGUAAUUGUAUGA